AUGCAGACCAUGAGGCGGCAGGCUGCCUGGCCCUGUGUCCCCCGGGGGACCCUGGAAGUGGAUUUCCCUCCACCUCUCUACAGCGAUGACUACCUGUCCCAGGAGGGGCCCCGCUGGACUCCGGCCAUCAAGCAGGCCACGCGCUGGAAGUACACACCCAUGGGACGCGAUGCGGCCGGCCAGCUAUGUUACACGGGCCUGACCAACUCGGACUCUCGGGAAUCCUGGUACACGCUCCCACGGACUCCGGACAGCCCGUACCGUGAAGCUUAUUCCCGCUGGCACGGAUGCUAUGGCCACCGGGAGCACGGCCUGCCUUCGGCCUACACCCAGCGUGUGCGGGAGACGGCCUGGUACGACCCCAUCAUCCCCGCGCAGUACACAGACCCCAGCACUCGGUGGGGAAGCGUGCUGUGGAAGGACAGGCCCAUCAGGGGCAAAGAAUUCGCCGUCAACAGGCGCCGCUUCGGGGUGGAACCGCUAUGGCGGGCGUCUGACUACGUGCGGUACCUGUCAGCGCCCCAGCGCCCGCGCUACACCGCCCAGAACUACCGGCAGUGGGGCCUGGAACCCUACUGUCCCGCUACCAACCAGCGGCCCCCGCCCGUCUACACACCCAGUCACUGA